UUCAAUCCACCAUUAUCACCUUUCUUCUUUACGAGCUUUUUCUCUCUAUCUUGUGGUGAAUCUCUCCUACAAGCUUUUCAGCUUCUCUCUCUCUCUCUCUCUCUCUUUCUGCGCUAUAAGCUUCUGUCGUUAUCAAGAAUCUCAUAGUUGAAGAAGCUUAUCUUGAAGAAAAUCUUCCUUGCCUCCGUAGAAAAAAAAGUUUGGAAUAGCAGAGAGAAGAGCUUGGUUUUAAUUUACGUACUGUUUCGUUAAGUUGAUAUAAUGGGUAGAGACUGGUACUGGGGUGGUGGUAACAGAUCCUCCUCCAGCUCCAAGAGAGGUGGCAAUGGAGGUUAUAAACACACUGUUAAAGGCAGUACUACUGGUUACAGUACUUCAAGCUGUAGUAGUACAACAGCUACUACAGCUUCUGGUUGCAUGAGUGCUGUGUUUCACUUCUUUGAUUUUCAUCACUACCAGUUCCCUUUACACCACCAUCACCAACCUUCUUCUCCUCCUCCUCCAUUGAAACCCACCUCUCCCCAGCUUCCUCUUCAUGAUCAAGAAGAACAACCCAUUUCACUCAAAGGUGUAGAAGCACCAAGAAACAGCUUGGAACUAUCUGAAGAGGCUUCAUUAUCAUCAGCCAACAAGGAAGAAGAGAGUUUGAAUAUCCCAAUGGGUAUUCAAAUCAAAACAAUUAGAGAAGGAGAUACCAGAUCAUCAGCUUCAUACAAUGAAUUUUCCUCAGAUAUCAUAAGCUGUUCUCCAGGAGGAAGCAAGACUCCAAACUUGCUGGCAAGACUCAUGGGUCUUGAUCUUCUUCCAGAUAAUAACCCUUCACUAUCUCCUUCUUCUUCAAAUUUAGGGACACCAAAUCUUCAAAAACCUUAUGCAAUACUCCACUGUAAUAAUCAUUCACGGGCCAGACAAACUCUACAUAGCAAGCAAAUAACCAGGCACAGAAACUCUAUCGAUGGUGAUAUUAUAGGCACGCGUUCUUUGCCUGAGACACCUAGAAUAUCUUCAGCUAGGAGAUCAGACGUGGAACAUCGUCUUUCUCUGCAACUCAAUAAAGAGAACAUGUGUGGGAGUGAUCAAGAGCUGGAGUUCUCCCGAUUCUCGUCCUUGAGAAGGAAAGACUUGAAGCAAGAAGAUGAAAACAGGAGCCCCAGAGAAUAUGCGAGGCAGAUAGUGAAGCAGGUCAAAGAAAAUGUAAGCAGAAAAGUUGGCAUGGACAUAACCAACACACUCAAAAACAGAGAUCAUCAAGAGCUUGUCGCUCAAUUAAAAUCCAAGAAAAGCUCCAGGUUUUCAAGCAGAGUACUUGAUGUGGCUCAUCAUGACACCAGCCCCGCCAAAUCAGCACCUUCUUGCUCACCGAGACUCAGAUUUUUGGAGUCCAAAACCAAACAAACAAACAACACCACAUCAUCAUCGUCGUCAUCAUCAUCAAUAAAAGAGCAAACUUUUCAUCAGCCAAAACCACAAGUAAUUCAUCCACCAUCAUCAUUACAGCAGGCGAGUACGCAGCCGGAGCCAGUGAAGAUUUCGACAAGGGCUAAAUUAGUACUACCGGUGGUGCAAGAAGAGCAUCAACAACAAAAAAAACAGCAAAGACCCAUCAAGAAAUGCAAGAAAGGAGACAGUGAAAGGUUCGGUUCAAGGUUGGCAAAGCCUCUACCAACAACAGACAUUGUCCGAAACAAGCAGGAAGAGCCCUUUGUUCGUCCUUCAACUCCCAACAAACCUAACAUUAUUAUUCCCGACAAGAAAUCCAGGAAAACCCCAUUCUCAAAUGAUCUCCUCAACAUCACCCUCCCCAUAUCUCUUCUUCCUGUCAAAAAAGAUCCCUCUCCUCCUGCCACAAAGCUAGUUCAGAAACAGGUAACGGAGGCUCAAGCAUCGAAACGGACCUCACAGUUAUCUAGUAGUGCGAGCCAAACGUACAAACAAGAAGCAAGGCGCCUGCUCAUUGUCCCAGAUAACAACAGCCAUGACAGAUUUUACGCUACCCCUAUCAGUAUUUCCCCGCCUAAUACCACCACCAAGACCGCCGCACACGGAGCAGAGCAUGAUUACAUAACCAGAAUAAUACGACGAAUAGGUGUGGGAAAAGAUACUCCCGUCUCAUUCGCCAGAUUGUUCUCUCCUUCCCACCCUCUUGAUCCCUCCAUCUUUCAUUACCUCGAACACUUGGCGAUCACUGGUAAAACCCAGUUGAGUCUUCGUUGUAACCGAAAGUUACUGUUCCAUUUAGUGGACGAGAUUCUUGUGGAGAUCUUGAAGCCUUACAUGAACCUAAAACCAUGGGCCAACCCGGUGGAUCGACGUGACUGCUACAUCGGGUCAGAGCUCAUCGACAUGUUGUGUGCAAGGAUUCGAAGCUUCCCAUGUGCGGAUUGUCGCGUCCUCGAAGACAUUGACGCUUUGAUUGACAGAGAUUUGACGCGAAACCACUCACUACAACUGCAAGGCCCGGUGGCGUUUGAGGAAGAAGGCGAAGGAAUCGUGGCAGAGAUAGAGAAGGACAUACUAGAAACGCUCGUCCACGAAACGGCAGCGGAUUUGUGGGUUUGUGUGUGGUAAUGAAACGGCACCGUUUGAACGCGAGAGAGAGA